UUAUCAAACCGCAGCUUGUUCCAUUCGAAUGAACACACCAGUGAUUUCGGUGGUGCCAAAGGAAUUCAGUCUCAGAAAUCACCAAUCCACCAACCCAGCCACCAGCAUGAAGUUCUUCGUUGCCACCGCCUGCAUCCUGCUCCUGGCAGCAGGUAUCUCUGCCGAUCCCGUCAAGGCCGCUGAGGAGCAGCCCGGCGCCUUUGCCCAGUGCCUCGAGUCCGACUCCAUCUCGUGCCUGCAGCUCACGCUCUUCCGCAAGGCCAAGUCCGUGUUCGAUAACCCUCAGAUCGAGCUUUUCGGUGGUGUUUCUCUGGUGAAGUCCAAUGAAGGUCGUCAGGGCAAGUCCCUGGACAACUCCCUGGCUGUUGAGGCCGCUCCCACCGUGGAGGCCCGCACCGCCGAGAUGGGCAACUACUUCAUGGACAACGCCAAGAGCUUCUUCGCUGAACGCUCCCUGAACUUCAACUUCGCUAACGCCGCUCGCAGCGUGGCCCGCGCCAUUCCCGAUGACAUCAAGGCUGAUCUCCGCGAGCUGGUUGUUGAGUCCCGUACCCGCAAGAAGAAGCUGCUGAAGAAGUUCCUGCCCAUCCUGCUGGGAGUUGGUGCUAAGAUCGCCGUCCUUGGAGUCGGCUCCAUCUUCGGACUACUGUUCCUGGCCAAGAAGGCACUGGUUGUGUCUGUUAUCGCCUUCUUCCUGGCUCUGGCUGCUGGUGCUUCCAGCGGACUGGGACGCAUCGGUGGAUCCGGAGGCGGCGGCGGUCUGCUCGGCGGUCUGGGAGGUCUCUUCGGCGGCAAGAACGCCGGUGGAUCGUCGGCUGCCAGCACCGGUGGAUGGUCCUCGGGUGGUGGUGCCUCCAGCGCCGGAUGGUCCUCUGGCGGCAGCUCGGGUUGGGACACCCAUGGUGCCUACAGCUCGCCUGUGGCCCAGACCAUCGCCUACCAGGGAUACAAGCAGGCCCGCCGGUAAACAAUUGGUCAAGAGCCAAAUUAACCGAAGGACGAAGGCCAAGGAGAGAGAGAGAAACAAUCGCUAAAAAUGAUGACCUAUAUUUAUAUUUAUUUAUAAAUUAUUUAUUUUAAUUUAUUACUUGAACGAGAAGUACGAGACGAACAAAGUGCCUUCCAUUAGACAAAAAAACAAUCACUUAAUAACAAGACACACCCAAACACCAAACACCACCUUUCAUCCAGAACCGCCAAUAACCUCCACAAAGGAAUCUUUACUACUUUCCGCACUCCUCACUCUUCACGCUGUAUCUCAAUUUCAUGGCUGCACCUUUGAUAAAUGGACUGCAAAUCUUUGCGACUAGUCGAUCCAUCAGUCAAAGCCAGUCGCCUCGCCCAUCUAACUGUAUCUAUCUCUCAUCUGUUUCCAUCUAUCUCUGUUCUACGACUAUCUCUAUCUGUACCUCUACCUUAAUCUAUCUACCUAUCUGUCUAUCCAUAUCUGUCUGACUAUCUGGACUUUCUCACUUUACCGCCCGGGAAAGACCAACCGAAUGCUGCUAAAUCAAAGAAUCAAAUAAUAAUUCAAACAUAAAAAAUACUUUACCAACACGACUCUCUUUUCUCAUCACCACACAAUUUUCAUUUCGGUUUGCAUACGCAACUCGCCAUCACAGCCCUCGACAGCAUCACUCAUACGCCGCGUUGUCUAGCAAAGCAUUUGCACGUGGAUGGCGCAACUUUCAUUUCACUUUUACCCGCCUCAUUCUUCCUGCUAUCAGCCUCCAAAAAUCGAACUCUUUAUGGGGUUUCUAAAUUUCACCCACUUAUUUCACUUCCACUCUUCUGCUUCUGGUAAACUCCAUUUUCACUGUGAACAAAGGCACAUAUGAACAAAGGC